GACACACUUAUGACAGCUGUGGUAUUCAUCAUCUUUACUAUGCCAUAAAACAGUGACGGAUGCAGGGGGCUGCAGGAUGCCACCAGACAUCCGUUGCCGCUCAAUCUGCUGGGUUCUGCUCGUGCUUAGCUCGACAUUUGUUGAAGCCAUACGGCCACGACGGUCAUGCAGACAUCAUUACUUGGCGAACGUGCACACCACCUCGGUGCUGCCUCUUCAAGGCGACAAUGAUGUCUUCUACAACGUCGUUUGCCACAUGCCAUCGACUCCAGAAGGGGCGAUCGUCACUGAAGUUCAGUCGGGCCUGUCCAAGCCACAUCGGGUCAGCGACAAGCAGAGCGUGAACUUCCAGAUUCUCGACUUGAAUAUGUUGCGAGAUAUGGUACGAUGGUCAGAAUGUGAGCAGACGUUGUCCGUUAGAUGGGAACGUGGUACCCAUUCGGGCAGAGGGCAUUUUAUCGUGAGAUCUCUUCUGAACGAAAGCCUUGAUGUACUCUACAUAGAGGAAAAUCCGAAGGCAGAGUAUUUGCUUAGUGGACCAAUGGCUGGAAUUCGACAUAUCAUACCAAUGGAAUGGGAUCAAGAUACAUCGGCUACGAUUGUUGCUUCAUCGUUGACAUGCAAGCAAAAAAUCUUGACCGAGGAUAACUGUCUGUUUAGAACGAGGGUGAUGGUAAAGCUUGAUCCAAGCCCAAUAUGGACUUGGGAGUUCGCAUUUCGAACUCAUCGAUCCGACCAAGUGUUGUUCACCCUGCGUACAAUCAAUUCCGAAAGCCUUCAAGCCAGGCUUGAUAGAGAUUUCUUUUUGCGAGUGGAUUCCGGAAAGCCAAUUCCAGUCGGUCAGCUUUCUGAUGGGCGCUGGCAUACGAUGACUAUCGAAUCCGAUGGUGAACAAGUUUCGGUAGCUGUGGACAAUUCAAAGAAGAUCCUACUUGUGGAAGUACACGACUUUACGUCAAGAGUUUCUGCCGUGGAGGUCGAAGUCGACGGUGAAAUCUUGCUGAUCGAUGCAACGGAUACGUUCGAAAAUUGCGUACUGAAUGAGAAAAGAAAGACAAUGGGACAAUCGCAAUUCAUGCAAGCUUGUACUGGUUGUCAGUGUACAAUUCUUAAUGGCAUCUUCGAGAAUUUUCCAGCACCUUCAUGUGCUCAUAAUGGAGACGACGCAUAUCGGCUUCUGCGUGAACCUGAUCGUCUUUCCUUUUUCUACAUCCCGGUUUCUUCCGACUCCCAGCAUCUUAAACCCAUCAUUCGUCUAGGGCUCACAUACAAGAGCGAAUCGGACAUCGGAAUGCUACUGUUUGGAUUUUGGCAAGAAGAAGACACAAAGGGUCGAUUUCAAGUGCACUACAAGGAUCGCCAACUCAUAGCGAUUUAUUGCGAAAACAGCGGUGAAGAAGUAUGCAAAGGCUGCUCCCUAACCAGACUUGAAGGCUUUGGCAAUGACCACUGGACGCGGAUAGCAUUUUUUGAAGCCUACGGCGGUAUCUCACUAGUUGCAGACAGAGCUAUUUGUGUCCUCGACGAGCUGGGAAGUCACAACAACCUCUCUAUAGCUGAGAUUUACUCAAUCCCCGUACUUGCCACUGGCGGAGCAAUCUUCCUCGGAGGCACUUACUACGAGAAAAAGAAAUCAGGCUUGUAUUUGCCAAGUUUUGAGCACAAAUACUUUGAGAACACCAGGGAAAAAGUACCAUCACUGAGAGGAUGCCUGAAGGAUGUGUUCAUAGAUGGAAAGUCUGUAGAUCUUUCCUCGAUACAUAGCAAGCAGAUGGAGCAAACACUGGUUGAUUCUGGCGAUGACAGCGCCUAUGCAAUUCAGGUGGGAUGUGUCGACUGCUCGCCAAGCUGUCCAGAAGGAGUUCGAUGUCGUCCGACGGAACCUCGUCAACUAACCUUCGAAUGCGAUUGCUCAGACAUCGAGGAAUUCUCGCUGGGAGAGUGCAGAUCCACCGAACGACUGCGACCAAAUCCACUUGUUCCACUCUCAACAUUCCAUAUGGACACCUCAGCCGCCACAUUGCCUCUUAUGCCGACUAAAGCAGCUCUCAGCAAGGUAUGGAUAAAAAUCUCCCUACCCAAGCAUGUUGACCGAGAAAUUGUAGUCGCAGAGUUCAACUCCCAUCGCGAAAUGCUGUUCUACGUCUUCGUUGAUUCUGAUGGGAUUGGCGUCCAUGUUCAUCCAAGUACCCAAGAUCAUUUCGACACAGUUGUUCGAGAAAAAGUGCAACUCCCCGACGACCGUGUCCACCUGGUAUCCAUGGAACGAAAGUCUCCUUUGGGGACCCGUCCCACGUCGAGGAAGUUCGAUCUCUUUAUUGACGGCCUCCACAAUGAGAUUCCUGACGUAGCCAAGUACGCACUGAACAAUGUGACAGUCCGAGCCGUUGAGGACAGUGAGAAUUUUAUCACCGUCCAUGAUAUGGGAGUGGCGUAUGAAUUUGACGAGUAUCAUCCUUUCUUACAUCAUUCGACCAACAGACUACACCAGGUUGAUCUGCAGUCCAUGUUGCUUCGACAUCGCACUCGUGGACCAACAGAACCAGUGGCCACAGCAGAUCCUUUCCUCUGGAAAAAAGUCACAUCUCCAUCGGAGAGACCGUCACCUUAUGGAGAAAUAGUGGAAUACACUCCUGAUGCGGAAGAACCGCAGAAGCUACUUUCUGCUAGCUGGGUAAUCUACUCACUUGUAUUGACAACUGUACUAUGCCUGCUGCUCACCAUUUGCCUUCUUAUCUAUUGCUGCAUCCUUCGAAGGCAAAAAAGACGCGGAAGCGAAUCUUCUGAUAGAGACCGCAUUCUUCGAGACAGUCCAGACUAUUCAGUGAAGUUGCGAUCAAACAAAACUGAAUCCGAAUCUUCAUAUGAUGGAGAUGGAUCUAUCGGUACUGAUGACACGGAUUUGAACGCCUAUAGAGAUAUUCCUAGUCAUCGUGUAAAGAUUUAUCGAGAAUCGAUGGUCUCCAUACUGGUGCCGGGUAUGGACCAACCGAGCGAGGCGAUAGUGAAGAGGAUACCGAGCACAAGCCGAGUGGUGAGCUCACCACUGUUGCCACCAAGCCCUGCUCCACUCGUUCGAGUGGAUGACCAAUGAAGCUUCCAGUUCAAUAGUUCAUAGAUCCGCCUGCGCUGACUGGCUUCCUGCGCCUCGCCUACUCGAUGCUUUAGUCUUGACUGCCACAUGUAUCAUAUUUGUUUCCUAACAUAAUAACGGUCGACAUACCACAACCUCAUCCCGUUGCACUUGAUCUCACGGGUCUCUUUUUUUUGAUUUGCUUCUUGUCAUGUAUUAAUAAACGCUUUUUACUA